CGAGGCGCUAGGGAACGAGUCCGGGCAGGGCUGGGCAGGCGGGGAGAGAACUAACUGCUCGUCCGAUGGGGGCUCGCGGCUGCUAGAGUCGCCGGCCCUCUCACUACCUUCCUCCCGCUCCCAGUGUGUGCCCCAGCUUAGCCGAUGGCUGAAGCCCGGAGGCUGGAAGAAGAAGAGGAAGAGCUGCGGGAGCGCAGGGAGCUCGGAGCCUCCCGGAGAGUCCGGGGCCGAGCUCACUCCAGUCACUCUGCGGCAGAUCGCAGUGAAAGAAAUAAACCAGAACAUCGUUCUUCAAGUCAAGGACCCUUGUCAUCCAUUAGAGCUGUAAUCAAGAGAACUUCUAGGACUUCUGUUCAUGGUGAUCCACAUCAAAUUAGGAGGCGCCCUGAGAUCACCAUUGUGGCUGCUGAGCCCCUCAGACCAACUUCUUGGUUCCCAGGGGCCCCACCAGGACUAGGAUUCUCACCUUCUCCUGCUGCAAGUCCGUGGAGAACGAGUGAACUUAUUCCUUCUGAGCUUCCACCUUCUUAUGAGCAAGUGAUAAAAGAAAUCAACCAAGUCCAAGUCAGUACCGGGAGUAAUAGUAAUGUUCCCACGACGCCAAGGCAAACCAUCACAUCUUCAACUCAGACAGACUUUCCAGAGGAGAUAGGCAGCUCCCUGUCUGAAACUAAUGCAAAUAAGCCACCUGCCCCUGGAAAAUCCAGUACAGCUCUAGCAGUUCCGCCUCCUCCCAAGCCUUUACAGCCGUCUUUGCUGUCCUCAACUGGUAAUCUUUUGAAAGAUGUGGCUCCUUUAAUUGUCUUUGAUGUCAUCGAAGAACAGACUUUCCAAGACAACCCCAAUGUUGGGACAUGUCCAGUGCCCAGGCCGAGAUCAAAAAUCAAUCUCAAACCAAUAGUCAGGGAUACUCCAUGCAACAUAAAGGACCAUCAGGAAACUAGCCAACCAACUUUAAAACAGGAGGCAUCACCGAGUCAGUCCCUGUCCUUGUUAGAUGGGAGCAACUUAGACAGUCAAGCAGUGAUAACCAGCAUGAGCACAGAAAGAAACCAAGCUAGUAUUGUUUCACGGAUCAAAGCUUUUGAAUCCCGACCAAAUGCCGCAACCUCAGGAUUGUCUAAGAAACCAGAAAUCGCUCCCCGGACAUUCCCCCCGAGGCCUGCUGUUCCUGCGGGAAAACCUACUGUGGUUCCAAAGCCAUCCAUUAAUAGAGCUUCCGGAGAAUGGGACUCAUGGACCGAAAACAAAUCCAAGGUUGCCUCCAAGGAAGGGCCCUCUCCACACCUGCACCCUCCGGAAGUCGGAGGCAUCCCAGUAACCAAACCCGAAUUGCCAAAGAAACCAAAGGCCAGCCAUGUACAGAGUAUUAGUAAUGGCCCCCUGGACAUUCUCGGGAGCAGGUUAUCAGUAGAGCUACCCGAGAAGGAGAAGAGAAUUCCAACUCCGGCACCACGGCCUUUGCCUCCGAAGAAAUUACCUUCCUCAGAAGAGCCUGCCUUUCCUGCACCUCCAUUGAAACCAGUCGCUGCUUCUCCUAGGCUCUCUGUGACAGCACAAACCAGAGCUUUCCGGCCCCUGGGAGAAGGGCCAACUGCAAGCACACCUGCCCCUUCCUCUCAGUGCCCACCGGUGGUAGAAGCAGAUCUCAUCAGUUUUGAUGAUGAUGUUCUACCUGCUCCAUCAGCUAACCUGACUGAAGAACACCUGAGUUCAGAGAUGGACCUGGAUCCCUUUCAGCUCCCCACAAAAGCUGAACCGCCAAAGGAGCGAGUUGUCCAACCAGUGCCCACUCGAAAGCCCACUGUGAUCCGGAUCCCAGCCAAACCAGGGAAAUUGUUGCAAGAUGACCCACAGACCCCACCACCUCUACCUGCUGAAAAGCCUAUUGGAAACACUUCUGGUACAACUUCUGGAAAAGUCAGUAACAUUGAAAGAACCAGAUGCUUGGAUUCUGAGCCCUCACUUCAAACAGGAAGUUCUUCGAAAGGACCUGUGCUGCCCCCGAGACCCAUAGAUGGAAAAGUCAUUCCAGCUCGACCUCGUCCACCAAAGGGGGCCCCUGAGAGGCCACCUCCCCCCAAGCUCUCUGGAUCCAAGGCAUCAUCACAGAAACAAGCUUUUUGUCGCUCUUCAUCAGAGGUGGAUCUCCAGAAUAAGCAAAGUGCCUUAGCAAUGGGACUCACAAGGGCCAAGAGCCAAAUCAUACGGAAACAAGAACCAGUGUUGCCUCCUCGACCCAAACCAGGCCACCCCCUCUACAGGAAAUACAUGCUGCCUGUGCCUCAUGGAGUUGCCAAUGAAGACGCCGUCUCUCGAAACCCCGGAGAGCUCUCUUGUCAGCAGGGAGAGGUGUGGGUCCUACUGAAUCAGACUGAAGACAGUUACUUGCAGUGCCAAAAGGGAGAGGAAAUGGGCAGGGUUCACCUUUCACAGAUGAAGAUUAUCACUCCACUUGAUGAGCAUCCUAAAAGCAAAUCAAAAGAUACAACCAACAUGCAGAAGUCUGUCGAUAGUAAUGUCCCUCAUGCACUUGUGCUACAUGAUUUUCCAGCAGAGCAGGCUGAUGACUUGAACCUCACUUCUGGAGAGACUGUUUAUCUUCUGGAAAAAAUAGAUAAUGAUUGGUACCGAGGAAAAUGUAGAAACCAGACAGGCAUAUUUCCUGCUAACUAUGUCAAAGUAAUUACUGAUGUUCCUGGAGGAGGUAAUGGGAAAAAAGGAUCCAUUUCAUCCCACUGUGUUAUAGGUCCCAGAUGUGUGGCUCGGUUUGAAUACAUGGGAGACCAAAAGGAUGAGUUGAGUUUCUCAGAAGGAGAAAUGAUUCUUCUUAAAGAGUAUAUCAAUGAUGAAUGGGCUCGAGGAGAACGGAAUGGCAAAACGGGGAUUUUCCCACUUAACUUUGUUGAAAUCAUUGAGGAUCUCUCUGACCACAGCACCAACAUAGCUGCAAUUUCAAGUAAAAGGACUCCACUGAAUACAAGGAGAAAUGUUUCUGCUUCACACUUACAGAAGGAUCAUUGUUCUGGAGAAUGGUGUGAAGCCAUCCAUGAUUUUACAGCAGAAGCUAAUGAAGACCUUCCCUUUAAAAAGGGAGACCGUAUCCUAAUCAUUGAGCAUCUGGACUCUGAUUGGUAUAGGGGCAGAUUGAACAACGCUGAAGGAAUCUUCCCAGCAGCCUUUGUUCAGCCCUGCCUCGGUUCCAUAGCUGAGGCAAAGUUGAUAUCUGCUUCAGGACGGAAGAAAGAAAAGGCCAAGGCUUUAUAUGAUUUCCAUGGAGAGAAUGAAGAUGAGCUUUCCUUCAAGGCUGGUGAUAUCAUAACAGAGCUGGAAUCUGUAGAUGAAGACUGGAUGAGUGGAGAACGAGCAGGAAAAUCUGGAAUAUUUCCCAAAAACUACAUUCAGAUUCUACCAGCAUCCUAAAAGGAAACUUUGUUUGUGCAAUGGGAAGAAGCAUGUGACUCAGCCAACACAAAAUGUCCCUUGCCUUUGGUAUCACUUGAACUAUUACUUUGACUAUCAAAUAUAUCUUUUUUUGCACUAUUUUUUUUACUGUAAGCAAAACCUGUAACAUGGUAACCUAGAAUUUCCUGAAAGUGGGAAAGUUCUGGGUUUUGUUUUACAUUUUCAUUCAUGAUAGAAGCAUGUACAUAUUAAACCUACACACUGUGGAUGCUCUAAAAGAAUCCAAGCAAAAUUAGCAGGGUCAUUUCUAGUUUCCAGCAGGGAAAAUUGACAGUAGGAAGAUCUUUCAAGCAGACCACGGCUUGUAUAGUUGGGUCGUUAACAGUAUAAGUGAAUUAACCUUAUUAAUUUUUUUCCCUUUAAAAAACCAUUUCUGCUUUCUACAUAGCUUAACUAUCAUGAUAUGAUUGGUAACAAACUACAUUUUUGAUAUUCAAAUAUAAUUAUAAUAGCUUGGGUACAUAUCCUUUAUUUUAAGGGCAAGUCCCUGCUUUAUGAUGGGUGGAGUCAUGAAAACCUUCCCAGCAUAGGGUAGAAUAAUGCCUUGUAAUGGCUGCUUUCAAAGGUUGCAGUCUCUAACGGAUCGGGAGGGAAGAAGGAAAGAAUGGUACGUUUUAAUCCUUGUAACUUUCUUGCCUUGUGAAACCUCCAAACCAUCCUUGAAAUACGCUUCACUAAAGCUCCUAACACUUACCUGCCUGCCAUAGUUCUUUCCCUCUUCCCUCAACAUAUGCUUUACUUUAUUAGGCCUAUCACCUAGCACAAUUCCUGCAUCUGAGAACACUCCUGUGACAAUUACUGGUAUCCAGAGAAAAAUUCAUUUUCUUCGAAUUACCUCAGUAAUACAUAAGCUGUUGCUGCUUCUAUUGCUGCAUUAUGAAUCAUAUGCAAAAGUCUUAGACUGCAGAGCAACUGUCAAAACAGAAAGCAGAUCCCCAAAGCAAAUUUCUUCACAGAGGUGAUGUAAAUCAGCCUUGUGGAUAAUUUCACCCUGGUACUUUUUUUUGUUUAUCUUUUCCCUGCUUAUCCUUGCACAGAGAUUAAAAUAAGUAAAGCCACUGUCCUGCUAGCAGUCAUGAUGGAUUCCAAGCACCUGGUCAAAGCAGUUGAUUUAUAAGACCAAAUCAAUUCUAAUUUAUGAGCCUGAACCAAGGAAGUUGAAGACAAUCUUCCAAACACAUUGGCAGAAGAGAAAUAUGUUUAGAAAUAUAAAACUUUCCAAACUAUGUUGUAGGGGUUGAAUUUGGGUGGAAAAAAAUUUAUAUAAAUCUGAUGCCCUGAUCUGAGCACCUUUCAGCUCUUGUUAUUAUAGCCUUCCAUCACCCUCCCCCCCAAAAAAAUCAAUCUGUCAAUAGGCCAUUAUGUGCCCCACAGUGUAUGUGCAAUCCUCAACUUACUAAUAGGUUUUAGAAGUCAUUUUUUAUUGUUCCUUGUGCUUUCUGGUGGGAACUCUCCAUUUGGGGUUCUGGUAGGUAGGGGGUUGGGAGUAGGAAUGGAAGCUCUGGUGAAGAUUUAAGGGAGCCAGAGUUAACCAGCUGUAGGGGCUGGAUUUCCUGCUGCUCAUAUUUACCACCUGGUGUGGUUUACCAACAAUACCACUUUUACUUGGAAUUUUUUUUUGGUAACUUUUAAAUUAAGGUUCACUGUAAUUCGUGUGAAAACCCCAACUUUUGGGGGCAAAAUCCCUUUUAUAAUCUGGGAUUUUCAGAAGGGAAUAAACAAAAGAAUUUAAUAACUGUAACCCUAGCUAAAGUGAUAGUAGCCUUAGGUGAAAAAACCUUGUAGUCCCUUUUCUCAAAUAAUAAUGUUUUUUUUUAAUCUAAGAAUACUUUGAAUUUAUAGAUAUCUUUCUUUUCAAGUUAGUUCACAAAGUUCCUUAGGAAACAGUGAAGCUGCCUGUAUUAUCAGAUGCUAGAUCCACGGAUAGAGCUGAUAUACAUUGUCAGUCAUUCUAGGCAUGGGAAGCCAAAAUGUGGCUUGUGGGUUUUCACAGGUACCACCACCAUGUUGUGCGGCCUUUUAACUUUAGGCAAAAUUCACCCAGAUUCAAGAUGAUUGCUGCCUGAAUGGAGCCAGUAAUGUUCACAGGCUCCACCUCCAUGCUAAAACUACAUAUGGUAUCAAGCAACUCAAACAUUUGGGAGAAAAGUUUGAAUAAUUCUACUUCCUGAUACAGUAUGUUGCCAAUCUAUGCCUCCCUUCAAAAUCUCUUGUCUUUAAUGGGUGAGAAACAGUUCAGUGAAAUGUCUCCAUCUGAGGUUACUAAAUAUGACAGGGAAAUGUUUACAUAGUUUAGUUAUGUAAAGCAUCUAUACGAUGCUUGGCAUACUGAGCUCAAGUUACAAAACUACUUUUUAAAGGGGAGUGUGAGAGCUAUUAAGAUUACUGUUGGGGGGCGGCUAGGUGGCGCAGUGGAUAAAGCACCGGCCCUGAAUUCAGGAGUACCUGAGUUCAAAUCCAGCCUCAGACACUUGACACUCACUAGCUGUGUGACCCUGGGCAAGUCACUUAACCCCCAUUGCCCUGCAAAAAAAAAAGUAUGACUUACUUUCUCUUUUUACUACAAAAUACACUUUUCCCUCUAAGAAUUAGAGGCUACCACAAAAGGUAUCGCAUUUUAUAUGGUCCAGUGGGACAAGGUCAUACCUAUUGUGCCUUUGUCAUAUCAGCUGGACAGGUCCUUCACUUAAACUGUGUAGGAAAGGUAGUGAGUCUGAAAAAUCAGUAUUCAGUACAUUUGCCAAGUUAUGACUAGAACUGGAUUUUAGGAAAAAAGCAAAGAAAGAAAGAAAACUCCCAAGAGCCACUAAAGCCAGAGAGAGCCGUGCUGUUAGUAUGUCUUGACUUUAUUGACUUAAAGCUCUUUCUCAAGAUGAAAUUAUCUGAAGCAAAUGUUGCUGAAUAGAUCAUGUUUUGAAUAUGUUCAUUUUGCUAAAUAUUAACAUUUCAUCUUUUGUCAAGUCAACGGGUGCCACAUCAAUUACAUUGCAACAUCACUGUAAAUAAAUCAAAACUUCUAAUAGCAGUCGGAGAUCCUAACUCCCAACUUUUCCACUUGUGUUUGGAAAAUGUAUUGGGGGAAAGUUGCUAAUUCAGUGCAAUAUUGCCACCUAGAGACCAUUUAGGAGAUUGCAACAUCAUCACGGCUUUUUAAGCAUCCUAAAAUUCCUCCUUGAUGGCAUGUAAUAAGUAGAAUUGAUUUUAUUGGGUUAAGAUUGACAUUUUCUUUGCAACAUUUGUAAUCAACGAGACUUUCAGAGAGAACAACUCAAGGAUCUUGAACUAUCUCAUUCAAGAAAGAAGAAAAAUUCGGACUCAGGUCUUCAAUCUCAUUCUAGACAAUUUAUAUUAUAGUGUCUGCAGCUACCUAGAAAUUCAAAUAGGUACUCUGGAAGUUCAGCCAUUGUAAAGACAUUUGAAGAAUCCUCACAAAACCAGUGUCAUGUAGAACUUGUCUCCAAACAAAAGCAACACAAAAGAAUGUUCUUAAUAUUUUGCAAAUUUAUGUAUUAACUCGGGCAUUGUGGUAUCUGUAUAAAUUAAAUGUGCAUUUAGCCAACCACUUUUUGUCUGGAUCAUACAUUCUGGAUUUUAAGAAAUCCUAACUGGGCAAAAAGCAUUGCUUACACCUGUAUCUUCAAGUAUUGCCCCUUAGAGAGUAAUUCUACUGGCACUUCACAAUUCAGUCACAUUCCAGUUAAAUGCUGAGUUUUAGUAGAGAAAUUAGCCAGGAUUUUCAUUCUUUCCCUUGUGGGAAAGAAACUGAUGAGCUAUAGAUUUCUUUUUGGCAGGAAAAUAACAAACCUACAAAAACUAGCAUAUUUAGCAUUUUCUUUACUCUGGUUCCAUGAAGGAAAAGAACUGUAUUUCAUUUUUAUUGUACUGAUAAUUAAUCUUAAAUGUACAGUAAGUGUUGGGACCCAGUCCCUGGUAAUUCUACAUAGGCAGGAUUCAGGGAAUGAGAACUCUCAUUGAGCUAUCUUGCCUUUGCAAAUUCUCUUGACAUUGACUAGCAGGUAAUGUUAUCCAUUAGUCAGGAAUUCUGAGUUUACCUUCAUUGCAUCAACAUUCAGCAUGUUUCUACCAAAAUAAAAUAAUCAUUUUCUCACUUACCUUACUGAAGUGUUAGGAUUAAUAAAUCUUGAUCCUACCAGGAAAAAAAGAUCAAUCACCCUUUGGGGAGAAAUAGUAAUUAUUGGUAAUUUCUCCAGCUAGGUGGCACAGUGGAUAAAGCACUGGCCCUGGAUUCAGGAGUUCAAAUCCGGUCUCAGACACUUGACACUUACUAGCUGUGCAAGUCACUUAAAAAAAAAAAAAAAACAGCCUAAAAGAGGUUAAGUGGCUUAAACCAGAUCUUGACUACCAAGUUAUAUUCUUUAUAUCAUGUAUUAGUGAAAGAUACUAGCAUGUAAAAAUUGGAUAGUUAAUUGCAGAAAUAAAACUUGGGGUAGCACAU